CCUUCCGGAUCUGCGCGGGCCACGCUGGUUUUUUCUCCCGGCUCUGCAUCGGACCGCGGCACCCAGGCUUCUGCUGUUGGCGCCAGGUGGAUGCGGUGCGCUGAUUGGCCGCGAGCGCUUCGCACGCCGCACGCCUCGGGGCCCCCGUCCCGUCUGUCAGGAGCCCGCCCGUUCUCAUCGCGUCGCCUGACGAGGUCUCCUAGAUGGGCUGGUCUACGCCAGGCCAAGCCAAGCUGGGCCGGGCUGGACCAAGCAAGGCUUGGCAAGAUGGCAAAGCUUCGACUGCUUCUCGCGGGUGUGCACUUAGCGAAGUCAAGCUAGAGCACCGACCUGAGCGGCUAGGCAAGGCUAGACUGGUCAAACGCUAGGCGUAGCUAGGCUACGAUGACUAGCGAGCUACGGCUGAGCUCUCCUGCUGCUCCUCGUCCUCCAAGUCACGUCCUCGAACGCGCUUGGGGGUGUCCUCGCUGGCAUGCUCGACGGUUGUCAGAGUCUGGUAACUCAUGGUGGCUGUUCGAUGUCUGUCGGCUCGCCCAUAGACAAGUAUGGCCACUCUUCGGCCUACCACGUUUUGAUACACCAUGCGCUCGUUUUCCAAAUCAUUCGGACGUUUCGGCGGUCGCGCCUCACACCGAGUACAUGACAACACACAUCGCCGAAUGAACUCGAAGCGCGUGUAAUGCGCACGCAUCGGACGAACGUCAUUCAAAGACAGACACAAGCAGACACGUGAUCUGAGCAUACGCAACGUGAACUGCGCAGAUACCAACACGUCCAUGGAUAUGCAUGCAGCGAGGGAGCUGAAGGAGCGAGACCAUGCAGCAAGAAGUUCCACGCGAAGUAGCGCGCAACACACGGCCCACAUAAAGGGCCCCGCGCAUGGCGUGCACGAUGCACCAAACCUGCUUAGGGACCCGUGCACAAUGUUACAAGCAAGGCCCUGCGGAAACGUCCAGGCUGUGCAAAGCGUGGCUUGUCUGACGCCGCUUACUUCUUCUGCCCAGACAACCAUGCCCAGACCAGAGAAAGAGCCCCGCAGCAAGAUAUUGACCCUUGCCCCGAUGCGGCUGCGGUGCAUUCGAAAAGAAAAGGAGAAAGAGGAGGAGGACGAGGCUGGGCAAGGAUCUCCCGUCUCUAGGGCGACGCCACCCUACGACACAGACGAGUGUCUUCAGUCUCACACGGAGUUCGUCAGAGGAGCAAUCUCGCAGGGUGGCGCGCUCCCCUUCCAAGAUUCUUGUUGACAUCCAUCGUUACCCUCCAAAGUGAUAACUGGCACGCAUCGAUGCUCAAUGGUGGUGAUUCCCGCCAAGAGAGCCAGGAUGCCUUCGAACGAAUUGUCGGAGGGAUUUGACGGAACGGGGGAAGGGGAGGAUGAGAGAGAGAAGCACAAAAGCGCAAGAAACGGCGGGGGGGCGGGGGUGGGCUUCCGAGGCAGAGCGUGGAUCCGGAUGGUGGCGCACGUGUCAGACGUGCGCUGAACAGCCUAGGGCACUGGCAAAUCGACGACGUGGCAGCUGGAAAAAAAGGUGCAGAGAGCACGCAAGCGCGCGAGCUCGCCUCACGCCUUAUGACGGCUGCGGUGCCCACAGAACCGUCGUCUGCAAGGGCACCAACAUAAGGCAGUGCUCUUGCGCUCCCGGGUCUCCUCACCGGUGGCCGGCAACAUGAAGCAUGCACAUGGCGGGGAUGAACGACGGGAGCAGGUAGGAUACUUACAUCGGAGAGGGUCCAGGAGGGAUAAGGGCAGCGGAGCUCAACGCAUGGAUCGGAAAUGGCUCAAGAGGCGGUAGCCACGUAGUCUCUUUCGUCUACACAUCUUGGAAUUCGCUGGCCCAACGGGCCAGAGGCGUGCUAAGAUCUCC